CUGUUAUUCACAGUCAAUUGCUAGAAGCAGCUACUAUACACCAGCCUUUGCUACCAUUAUUUGCUCUUCCUUUGCAAAAGAGAGAUCCGUUCCGGUAUUCUAAACGAACGUAGCAGCAAAGGAAUAUAUAUUCUUUGUUCACGAUCAAGAUGCCUCUCGAAUGUUGCAUGAUCUUGAUGGACUGUUCCGAGUACAUGCGGAACGGAGAUUACGUGCCGAACCGUCUGGACGCGCAGAAGGACGCCACCAACUGGCUCGUCGAUGUACAGAUCAAUUCGCACGCGGAAAGUACCGUCGGGAUAAGCGCCGGAUCGAACUUGCUCAUGUCGCCGACGCGGGAUGUUGCCAAAAUCCUUUCUUCCAUUCAUACCUCGACCUUUGCACCCGUCACGGGGGAUAUUCCGUCCGCCGUUCAGGUUGCUUCGCUUGCGUUGAAACACCGGCAGAACAAGAAUGGCUCGCAGCGUAUCAUCCUCUUCGUUGGAAGUCCCCUGGACCAUCUCGACGACAAGUUGCUCCAAAAGGCGGGGAAACAGCUGAAGAAGAACAAUAUUGCCAUAGACGUCGUGGUUCUUGGACAGGCGGAUACAAACACCCCCAAGUGUCAAAUCCUCGUAGACGCUGCAAAUGGUCGAUUGGAAGAUACUGGCGAACGGACGUGCCACGUGGUUACAGUCCCUACUGGAACCCUCCCUUCCGAUAUCCUCGCGUCGUCUCCCAUUGUGACCGGAGGUGGCGGGGGUGCCUUUGCCGCCGCAGCAGGGAGUGGAGGCGGUCAAGGGAGCAACUUCGACGAUUUCGGUGGCAUGGAUCCCAACAUGGACCCCGAACUCGCCAUGGCCUUGCGAGUUUCGAUGGAAGAGGAACGGGCCCGUCAAGAACGGGUUUCGGCGGCAGCCGCUGCCAACGCCGGAGAUUCUGCUGGGGCCGAUGAAGCCAACAAUGAAACCGCAAACGAUCCGCCGCCUAUGGACGCAGAAGAAGCUUUAUUGCAGCAAGCCCUAGCGAUGAGUAUGAAUGAAAAUGAACCCACCAAUAUUAUGGAGGAUGCCAAACCAGCAGCAGCGGCGGAAGAUCAAAUGGACGUGGACGAUGACGCAGAAAUGCAAAUAGCCCUACAAAUGUCUGCUCAGCAACAAGACGAAGCGGGUGCUAGUGGAACUGCUGCCGCUACUGGUAGCAAUGAGUUUCAGGAUCCCGCUUUUGUGCAGGAAUUACUCGGUAGUAUGCCCGGUGUGGAUCCCAACGACCCCCAAAUUCAAGAAGCUCUGCGCAAAGCGGCGGCGGAAAAGCGGAAAGGAGACGAGGAUCAAGCCAACCAGAAAGACCAGGAGUAGGCUUCUGCAUGUCUCUUGGAUGAUGAUUUUAAAACUAGAUACGACGUUGUCAAUG